GAAAGUCAGCUGUCAGCUUCACAGAGUCGAGUGUCGAGUCCACCAAAAUCUGUGGAUUGCCGACUGCUUUCUUUCAAAAGGCCAUCAUUUGCAGUUCGUGUGGAAAUAUAAUUGUUAUAUUUCCUCAAUUAUUUUUCUAGAAUUCUUGAAUUCCUCAGAAAAAAAUGUUCGGCAUAGUUGGGACUUUAGCACCAGCUCUAGCUCAAAAUGCACAAAUAUCACAACAGCGGGGUAUGGCCACCCUUAAAGCUAUUUCUAUUCGAUUGAAAUCUGUUAAAAAUAUCCAGAAAAUCACUCAGUCAAUGAAGAUGGUGUCAGCUGCUAAGUACAAUCGUGCUGAACGUGAAUUGAAGCAAGCCAGACCAAUUGGUGCAGGUGCAUCCCAAUUUUAUGAGAAGGCUGAAGUGACGGCUCCAACUGAUGUACCCCAAAAGUUAUACAUUGCUAUAUCAUCAGAUAGAGGAUUAUGUGGUGCUAUACAUUCUAAUGUAGCCAAAGUUAUUCGUAAUGAACUUAUGAAAGACGACCAGAAUAUUAAAAUAGUCUGUGUUGGGGACAAAUCUAGAGCACUUUUGGGUCGUCUCUAUGGCAAAAAUAUUAUUAUGGCGGCAAAUGAAAUUGGUCGUCUGCCUCCCACUUUCAAUGAUGCUUCGAAAUUAGCUGAUGCUGUCAUUGCAUCUGGUUAUAAAUUUGGUUCUGGAGAGAUUAUCUACAAUCGUUUUAAGUCUGUUGUAUCUUAUAACACUCAAUCAUUACCAGUAUUCAGCUUGAAUUCUGUUCAGGCUGCACCAAAAUUAUCUAUCUACGACUCUUUAGAUGAUGAGGUUAUUCAGAGUUAUCUAGAAUUUUCACUUGCUUCUCUCAUCUACUAUGCUCUUAAAGAAGGAGCUUGUAGUGAACAGUCUUCAAGAAUGACGGCUAUGGAUAAUGCAAGUAAAAAUGCUACUGAAGUCAUUGAUAAAUUGACUUUAGCCUUCAAUCGUACUAGACAAGCUGUUAUCACCAGAGAACUUAUUGAAAUUAUUUCUGGAGCUUCUGCCUUGUAGAACUCCUUUUAAAGAAACCAGGAAGUUAUCUUGCUAGUACAUAUAAACAAUAUUCAUGUGGAGUUAUAUAUAUAUAAAGUUUGACAAGAAUUUAAUGUAAGCCCAAAGUCACUGAUAAACAUCCAUUUUUGAAUUCUUUUGAAACUUUUAUAUUAAAUUAUAUCAGAGAAUUAAAUAAAAUGAUGGAUAAGCUAGAA